AUGCUUGGAGAAGAAAUUGGAGAAAUAGAAGAGAUACACCUUGAAUGGGAGAAAGAUCAUUUUGAAGACAAAAUUUCCCUCUAUGAAGCCAGUCAGAUGCUGAUGGACUAUGAAAAUACCGACAAGGAGUUUUUCUGUGAAGCAUCUAUUGUUCGAGUCAACCAUGGAAAGGAUGGAAAGGGUUGGUAUUACAUAGAUUGCAAAAAAUACAAAAGACAAGUCCAAAACAAGGAUGGACAGACUACUUUCCCAAGAUGCAAACAGAACUUUGAUGGAGAAGUACUGCCAUGGUAUCGGAUCACCGUAAGGAUCAAGGAUAACACAGAAUACGCAGAUUUAACAAUUUUCGGAUUUAAUGUGGAGAAGAUGCUGAAAUAUACUGCGGCUGAACAUGUUGCAUACGCUGAGCGUUGCGAGAAGAUGGGUGAACCAGAAAAAGCUACACAAGUGUUUGAUAGAAUAAUUGGAGAAAAGUUUGGAUUUAAGCUAAAGAUGACUGAAGACAACAUCGAAAAACAAUCGGACAGUUACACAAUUUUGAAAAUUCAUACUAUAGUGAAAAAAAAUAACAUCUCCAAUGAGCAAUUGGGUCCGAAAACACCACAAAAAGACAAGCAACAGAAGGUCAGGCUUUUGGAGGAUAAAACACGCCAAAUAGAAAAGCAGCAAAAAAGAAAGAGGCUAAGGCGUAUGGUAAUUGAAGAGGAUUUGGAUGAAGAAGAAGAUGAUGAAGAUGAAAAUGCUAUGGUGGAAAAAAGUAAGACCACCACUGAGCAAAAAACAAAGAGGCUAAGGCGUAUGGUAGUUGAAAAGGAAGAUGAUGAGGAUGCUCGAAAAGAAGAUAAAAUGGAAGGGGAUUUAGAUGAAGAAGAAGAUGAUGAAGAUGAAAAUGAUGAAAAUGCUAUGGUGAAAAAAAAUGACGAGGAUGAAAAAGAAGGUGCAGGUGAUGAAAACGGAGAUGAAGGUGAUGAGGAUGAGUAG